GCUAAAAGAACUGCCAGGAGCGAGCCUCCCCCGGGGAAGCGGCAGAAGGACUUGGAGCGCAGGUCCACGCAGACGCGGGCUGGGGGAACUGCAGCUCCUCGCAGGGCAUUGGUGAGGGAACGGGGUCGCCGGCUCCUCUGCCUUGGCCGACAUGCACAACGCGUCAUUUUCGGAGCUGGGGCCAGCCAACACGUCGUGCUUGGGCCCCGCGCUGGGCUGCCCCAACGCAUCGAGCCCGCCGCCGCCUCCGCCGCCACUGCCUCCGCCGCUGGCGGUGGCGGUGCCCGUCGUCUACGCGGUGAUCUGCGCGGUGGGGCUGGCGGGCAACUCGGCAGUGCUGUACGUGCUGCUGCGGGCGCCCCGCAUGAAGACUGUCACCAACCUGUUUAUCCUCAACCUGGCCAUCGCGGAUGAGCUCUUCACGCUCGUGCUGCCCAUCAACAUCGCUGACUUCCUGCUGCAGCAGUGGCCCUUUGGGGAGCUCAUGUGCAAGCUCAUCGUGGCCAUCGACCAGUACAACACGUUCUCUAGCCUCUACUUUCUCACGGUCAUGAGCGCCGACCGCUACCUGGUAGUGCUGGCCACCGCCGAGUCACGCCGGGUGGCUGGCCGCACGUAUAGCGCCGCGCGCGCAGUGAGCCUGGCCGUGUGGGGACUGGUGACGCUGGUCGUGCUGCCCUUCGCGGUCUUCGCCCGGCUCGACGACGAGCAGGGCCGGCGCCAGUGCGUGCUGGUCUUCCCGCAGCCAGAGGCCUUCUGGUGGCGGGCGAGCCGCCUCUAUACGCUUGUGCUCGGCUUCGCCAUCCCCGUGUCCACCAUCUGCGUUUUCUACAGCAUCCUGCUGUACCGACUGCGCGCCAUACGGCUGGACAGCCAAGCCAAGGCUCUGGAUCGCGCUAAGAAGCGGGUGACUCUCUUGGUGGUGGCGAUUCUGGCCGUGUGUCUUCUCUGCUGGACGCCCUACCACCUGAGCACCGUGGUGGCGCUCACUACUGACCUCCCUCAGACGCCUCUUGUCAUCGCGCUCUCCUACUUCAUCACCAGCUUGAGUUAUGCCAACAGCUGCCUCAACCCCUUUCUCUAUGCCUUCCUGGACGACAGCUUCCGCAGGAGCCUUCGCCAGCUGCUGGCCUGCCGGGCUGCCGCUUAAUCCUCCUCCCCACACCCUUUUGCGCACCCUGCGCCCCAGUCCUGGCUGCUCCAGCUCCGGCUGGUGCAGAGGGAGCAGGCGCCCGCGGAGCUCGGGAGGCCUUCCUGAGCUAUAGGCUCCAGUCGCCGACCCCGAAAACUUGCUAAAGAUCCAGAUUCUUGGCCUCCGGCUCAGACAUAGGGAAUCCGACGCACUAGGGCUGCGCCCUCAGUUUGAAUAUAUCAAGCCCUCCAGAUAAUGCACGUUAAGUAUGAAGACUGUAGAGAAUGAGAACGCAAGCGGAGCGCUCCCUAAUGCCAGAGGGGCACCGAGUUGACCCCCGAAUUUGACAGGGAGGUCCGGAAGGGAGGAGGAGGGCGGCAGUGGUGCUGGGAGCCCUCUGCCCCUUCCCCCUUUCUCCACCCGCCCAGGGCGUUCUCAACUCAGGCUCUACGUGGAGGACUCUGCGCUAUCCCUGGAUACAGGGAGGCGGAGGUGGGGAUGGGCGCUAGAAGAGUCCCGAGGAUGCUGGGUGCGCCCCUAGGCGUCGGCUCCGCGCUAGCCCCGGACCCUUGCUACUUCGGUUUCCGGCAGCGACUGUCUGCGCUUUUGCUCAAAACCCGUGAGCAGCCUGGCCAGGACCUUUAGCACUUCUUCGCUUGCCCUAAUCGCUGGGGAAAAGGUCAAGUCUCCUGAGGUCGGCGCCCACCGCUCUGAGGAGCGGGGGGUGCCGUGGAGCGUACGGGAGUGUAUGUGCGUGCGUGUGUAUCUAGAGGAGGCGUGGGAUUGGGUAAAGGAGGUUGGAGCUUGGCUGAUGAGAACUGUGAUAAGUCCUCCUUCCCGUUUUAGCUCCUUUUAUCUCUGCGUUUCCUUUUCCCUACUACUCUUUCUCGAAAACGCUCCCUGACUCUCAGACUUCGGGGGAAGCCGGCUCGCCCGGAGCAGCGAGGCUCCCAGGCGCGCUGUUGUGGCGCCCCCUUGCGGUCCUGGUGUCCCGCGCCGAGCGCCUGAGAAUAGAACUCUGCACCUACUAAAAAAGGCAAUUUACACCUCUGGGUUACCUAUCUUCGCGGCUUUCCACAAUUGAGUCCAGUACUGCUACGUCCCUUUGCCCCAGGCGACCUUUCAUACCACUUGGACCAGUUCGUUGCAAUUCUUUUGCGAACAUUAUUUUUUCAGGACUGAGAAGUUUAUAAAUACAUAUGUCCUAAUCUCACAAGUUUCUGCGGACAACAUGAGAUUAAAAAGUAAAAUGUGUAUCCGUUCCUUCUAUUCCUUUCUCCUCAUAUUCUUCAUCCCUUUUACUUGAGCGAGAGCCAGGAAGCUGAAAUGACUGACAUCUUCAUAUUUUUCUCUAUCGGGUUCCUUUCCACAGGGAGCUAUCGAUUACCUAUGCUUUAUUCCUUAGUGCUAGUCAGGUGAAGCUGGUAAAUAAUCUAGUUCUGUAAUCACGAGGGAGACUGGGCAGCACCCUGUCUUUAUCUUUAUCUUCUCUUAUGGAAGACAAAAAUGGAUUAAGAUAGGACAGAGGCUUAGAUUUACCCACCCAUUUGCAGUUUACACCUCAGGAAUGAGGGCAGAGGCUUAACCAGACUAUAACCCUUGAUUGCAAUGUUUCAAAGGGAUAGUUUUUCUCUGGGAUUAAUUCCAAACAAGAAUGAAAAUUUAUAGAAAUACUUGUUUCUUAUAGUGCAGUGUUAGGUGUGAAAAAGAGUGUUCCUGGCAGGUGUAGCUUGCUUUGUUUGAUGGGCAUGACUCAAUUUCUCAGUUAUUUAGGUACAAAAUACCUUGUAAAAGUAUAUGGAAGGGAAAAAAUUUCUUUGCGUGGGAAAAAGUAAGCUCCCUUUCUGAUUGUAGUGAAUGAUAAUUUAUUCCUUGGCCCUCAGAGUUAUUAGAAACAGUAAUUCAUAGCUAUCAGUUUAAAAAACAUAAAUUUAGAAACCUACUCCAGUAAUCAAUAAUAGUAAAUUGUCCAAAAUACAAUUUUGUUUGUUCUUGUAUGUCUCCAUUGCAUUUUGAAUGAUGUACCUUUGAGCAAUCCUUUGCUGGUGGGCUUCAAACCUCUUGGAAUUCAUUGCAGUAUCUUUCAAAUUUCUUGGAAAUAUUUUAUGGAUUUUCUUUAUGACUCACAAAAUUCUUUUAUGAAUCCUCAGUACUUUUUUUAAAAAUUAAAAUUUUAAGUUUAGAGUAACUUCUACAUCUAAGGUGAUGGACAAAGAGUCAAGUGGAUAUUUGGUCACAAACACAUCCAGUUGCAGUCAUGUGGAUUUGAAACCUCACCUGUUUUCAUCAACCCAGGAGCUGUAGUUUGACAUUCUUUGGACACAGAGUGGGAGAGAGCUGAGUAAUUCAUCUGUCUGCUGUGUAAUCCCAACCACAGAUUCACCUGGGGCUGUCUCAGAAUCUUGGAGAGGACUAUUGGAAAAGAUGGACUGACAUCACUGUGUUGGCCACAGCAAGUUAUGGGUAGAGGUCCUAGUGUGGUAUGCGGGGGAGUAAAUAGAACUCAGUUCAGUUUCACGUUGGCUUUCUAAGUCAUUGGAUAAACCAUUGUGUCAUUAUUUCUAGUUUCUUGCCUUAAUAUUAGCAUAUAGAAACCCAAACUGUAUGUCUCAGACUUCCUUUUUAUGUCUUAGGUACUAAGUAGAAUAAAUACACAAAGAGCCAUGUACAAAUGGAUUUUACUUACAUCAUUCUAUUGAAGAGGUCUUAACUCUGUGGUGAAUUCUUGCCGUCUUCGUGUAAACUGUUGUUUGAUUAUACCAUUUCUGAUGUUUAAAAAUGUCUAUUUGGUUUUAGCUGGCUUAGUAAACUUAUGUAUGUGUGUGUUUAAGCUUUUGCUUGAAAAAUGCAAAA